ACUCGCAGGGGUGAGGGGAAGCCUGCGGAGCUCGGGAGGAAGCGGAGGAGCGAGUGGGAGACGGCAGCGGCUGCUCCCGUCGGCCUCCGGCCAGAUUGACUGCGGGGAGGCCGAAGGCGGGCGAGCUUGGCGGAGAGGAGGGCGGGAGGCCGCUACAUAUAUGGAUUUGAAAGUUGGACAGUGAAAAGGCUGAAAGAAAAUAAUGGAUUCAUUUGAAAUAUGAUGUUAGAGGAGAGAGCUCUAUGGAUACCCUAGGCCACCAGAAAAACAAGUGAGUUCUAGAGCAAAUUAAGCAGUACUUGUAAGAGGACCAAUAGAAGCCUUGUGGCGGUUGUGUGUCUUGCAAAUCGCCCAGCAAGAAAUGUUGGAAUAUAAGGGAGCUUAUUUAAUGAAACGUGCCAAAGACUGAAAAACCAAAUAUGAGGGUAGCAGGUGCUGCAAAGUUGGUGGUAGCUGUGGCAGUAUUUUUACUGACAUUUUAUGUUAUUUCUCAAGUAUUUGAAAUAAAAAUGGAUGCAAGUUUAGGAAAUCUAUUUGCAAGGUCAGCAUUGGACACCGCAGCACGUUCUACAAAACCUCCCAGAUACAAAUGUGGGAUCUCAAAAGCUUGCCCUGAGAAGCAUUUUGCUUUUAAAAUGGCAAGUGGAGCAGCCAAUGUGGUGGGACCCAAAAUCUGCCUGGAGGACAAUGUUUUAAUGAGUGGUGUUAAGAACAAUGUUGGAAGAGGGAUCAAUGUUGCCUUGGUAAAUGGAAAAACAGGAGAAGUAUUAGACACUAAAUAUUUUGACAUGUGGGGAGGAGAUGUGGCCCCGUUUAUUGAGUUUCUGAAGUCUAUACAGGAUGGAACAAUAGUCUUAAUGGGAACAUACGAUGAUGGAGCUACCAAACUCAAUGAUGAGGCGCGGCGACUCAUUGCUGAAUUGGGGAGUACAUCUAUUACCAGUCUUGGUUUUAGAGACAACUGGGUCUUCUGUGGUGGGAAAGGCAUUAAGACAAAAAGCCCUUUUGAACAGCACAUAAAGAACAAUAAGGACACAAACAAAUAUGAAGGCUGGCCGGAAGUUGUGGAAAUGGAAGGAUGCAUCCCCCAGAAGCAAGACUAAUGUGGAAAAGACUCAAGGACAUGCACUUCCACCAUUCCUGAGAAAGCGACAGCAGAGAAACUAUGUACAUAUUUUAAGAGCAUGCGGCCAUCUCAGUGUGUGCAUGAGCAUUCUCUUUUGAUAUCAGGAUUAUUUAUUGCUAACGUAAAUAGAUAUCUUUGUAAAUAGACAUCAUAAUGAGCAAAUCACUGAACCAUUUCUAAGCACAUUAAUAGUACAGUGUUUAGACUGCUAUGGAAGUUACAUCUUUUAAUUCUAAAAGCAUACUUGAUCGAUAACUGAACAGAUUGUGAAAAUAUAUUGCUAUACAUACUGGGUGCUGUGAAAAUCUACCAUGGAAUAAUGUGGAUUUGAGGAAGGAUACUGUUUUCUUCUGUAGGUGUAUAUAUUGCUUUUUGAUGAUAGUAUCUUUUAAAUUAAAAAGAUAUUUGGCUAGUUGUGUGUGUAAUGUUACUUUACAGUCUGACUCCCUUGAUGUACCUCUUUUCUUAGUCUUUUCCUUCCCUUCCCAAGAAACCUAGAAAUAAAAUGAUAGGAAAACUUAUAUCAGAUAUGUGAAAAGCACAAUGAAAUUCUUUUUUUAACGUACACAGUAAGAAAUAAAUAUAUAAAUGUAGAUGGCUUUCAGGACUGCAGCUUGCUGGAUUUUGUGUUGGCAAUGUGAAUACCUUGACUGUGUAUAAGCUACCUGGAGUGAGCAUGGAGGCUCCAUGGAACUGGGUCCAGGCCAGUCCUCGCCCGGGACAGCCAUGGCCAUGGUGGUGCAGUUAAACCAGUGCUGGCAUAGACUUUCCUUAUUUCAUUGUUAUCAGCACUGACAGUGCUUUGGAAAGAAGCAUGCUUUAAUAUCACAAUAAUUUUGAUUUAUAAACCAAGAAAUUAAUUUUGUAUUUUCAUUAAUCUUCAUAAUAGUAGUUUUUCCAGAGAUAUAUAUAUAUAGAGAGAGAGAGACAUAUUUAGAAAAGAACUAAUUACUCAAUGGACUGAUAACAUUUACAAAAUAAUUUUAUUUGAUGCAAAAUGACUUUAUACCCAAUUCUAGAUAAAAAUAUAGAUAUCUAACUUUUUUUGUUAAUUUCAGGUGUUAACAAUGUUGACUAACUUUGUUUUUGUUUUGUUUUUCUAGGCCAUUAAAUACUUACUGUAUAUAAAGUAUCUUAAGUUGGGACAUAGAUUUAAUUUUCAAACUGCCAUUCACAAAAGGCAGCACUUAAAUUUGAAUCUAAAUUUCAGGUGACUUAUAUAAAAAAACUAAAAGCAGUAUUUUUUAUGUUGCUGUAAACUAAGUUGGAAGCUAUUCAGCUAUUUCUUAAAUACUAAUGAGGUUGGGGGUACUAUUUCUUACCUCAAACUGAGUGUAAUUCAUGAAUAAAUGCACCUUACAAGUUCAACAAUUUUUGUAAAUUUUUUAGCUUUUGGUGCUUAUAUGCUAAAUCAUAUUCAGCAUGUGUAUCUUGACAUUAAAUUACUUCCCUCAAUUUUAUAAAUUUAAAAAAAAAGGUGUUUUACAGUUCCAGAGAUUGUGAAAUAAAU